AUGAUGGCGGCUCGUAGACCCGUACAGAGCAACCCCCUGAUUCCCGUCACCCCACCCCCUGAGCAGACUUCCUUUCAGCAACCACACAUCACAUUCUCAAACGCGCAUCUCAAACGGAAGGCACAGCCGGAGAUCCAGGCACUCCUCAACGGUGCCAAGACGGCUGCCCCGAGAACAUGUUCCAUCCCCACACCAGCGAGGACGGAGACGCCGCCUUCGACGAUGGCAUCCCAGCACGGCAGCACAAAGCCGACUGCCGGCGCCGCCACCGCGCACCUGCUGAACCCGGUCUCCGGCCAACCUAUGGAUCCUCGCUACAUCGACAUGGUCUCGCGCAUCGCAGCAUACUACCAGCAGAGGUGCCAGGCCAUCUCGAACGCACAGCAGCAGCGGUGUCAAGCAUGGGCCAAUAUGCACCGCCAAAAGUGUCAGGACACCAUGCAGGCCGCGAUGCUGGUUGUCGCGUGGUACGUCCGAGACCGCAUCCAGCGACGGCGCCGCCGUCAGAAGCGCUCCUUCCGUGCCGGUCUCCGCGCCCGCGAAUCACGGUCUCGUGUUACAAAGGGCGAGCAUGUCCGGCGCUGGGUGACGCAGGUGCCGGAAAAUGUCGUGGCACCCCAGGAACAGUCGCGGGACGAUCUGGUCGAUCAGGAGGAGGCUUCCUUCUCCAUAGAUCGCGAGUUGGCCUCCGAUCAAGAUGCGAAGCUCUUCGAGACGGCGGACCGGCUGAUCAGGAGCCAGUAUCGAAAGGUCGAUGUGCCCAUGCUCGGCCUCAUGUCGUUUGACAUGAGUGACAGCGACAGCGACAGCGACGGUGACGCCGACGACAGAGUGCGUCGUAGUGCGCCCUCGUUCGAAGAAAUCGAAGAGGACGACGAGGAGCUGGACUACGACGACGAUGACGAAGACGAGGAGCUGCUCGAGAACGAUGAUGUGAUCGAUGGCUCGGGCCAGGGGUCGGGAUCGCAGGAUGUGCAGCAUGACACGACAGCCGCGACGGGAGGUGGCAGCGGCACCAACGGGAGGAGCAGCUCAUCUUCUUGA